AAAUUUGGCAGAUAUUUUGGAAUGAAUGUUGUUUUUCUGCUUAGUCUCUGCCUCAGUCCAAAUGUGUGGACAAUUGUCACCCUGGAUUUGUAAAACGGGCUCGGAAAGAAGAACCAAUUUGCUGCUACGAUUGUAUUCCUUGUCCGGAGGGGACCAUCUCCACACAGGAAGAUACUGAAAAAUGCACCAAGUGCCCAGAUGACAAAUAUCCAACUGAUGACAGAAUCCAAUGUAUCCCCAAAAGAAUAACCUUCCUGUCCUAUGAAGAUCAUCUGGGCAUCAUCCUGGUCUCCUUUGCUGUACUCUUGUUUCUAACAACAGGCCUUGUUUUAGUCAUAUUCGUUAAAUACCUAGAAACUCCCAUUGUCAAAGCUAACAACCGUGACCUGUCCUACAUCCUCCUGGUUUCCCUCUUGCUUUGCUUCUUGUCCUCCUUUUUCUUCAUUGGCCGACCAAGGAAAGCCACCUGCCUUCUCCGACAAACAAUGUUCAGCACCAUCUUCUCAGUAGCUGUGUCUUGUGUGUUAGCCAAAACAAUCAUGGUAGUGCUGGCCUUCCUGGCCACGAAACCAGGGAACAGGGUGAGGAGGUGGUUGGGGAAGAGCUUGGCCAACUCCAUCAUCCUUUCUGGUUCUGCUGGAAAAAUGGUCAUUUGUGCAAUCUGGCUGGGAGUUUCUCCUCCGUUUCCUGAUUUUGACCUGCACUCCCAAUCAGGAGUGAUCAUCCUUCAGUGCAAUGAAGGCUCUGUGACCAUGUUUUAUGUGGUUCUCUGCUACAUGGGUUUCCUUGCUGCCAUUUGCUUCACAGUGGCUUUCCUGGCCAGGAACCUGCCUGGGGCCUUCAACGAAGCCAAACUGAUCACCUUCAGCAUGCUGGUCUUCUGCAGCAUCUGGAUCUCCUUCCUGCCCACCUACUUGAGCACCAAAGGGAAAUACAUGGUGGCCGUGCAGGUUUUCUCCAUCUUGGCUUCUGGGGCUGGCCUGCUGGGCUGCAUCUUCUUCCCCAAGUGCUACAUUAUCAUCCUGAGACCAGAUCUAAAUACUAAGGAACAUUUAAUGAUAAAAGUCAGUAUCUGA